UCUAAUGUUCGCAAAGAAAGAAGAAAGCAGCCAGAUCCUCCUUGUGUUGUCUGUAGAGGGAAUGGCAGAGUGGAGUGCUACGAUUGCCAUGGCAGAGGGAGAACUAACUUUGUGCAACUAGAAGUGCUUCCAGGGGGAGAAUGGCCAAAAUGGUGCAAGACUUGUGGUGGAAGUGGGCUUGGCUACUGUUCUCGUUGCCUUGGGACGGGUGAAUACCGAUAUAUAAUGGGAUUCCAUUUCAUGAGACGGGAAACUGAUGAUCCUGAAGGUAGAUAGUGAUCAUUGAAAUAGGCCCGAGUAAUCCUGCAAUCUGCUUCCAGAGGAUCAGCGAUUAGACUUUCUAGCUGCAGUUUGAACCAAAUUGCGGAUUGAUGUUUCCCACUCCCACAAGAGCAAGAUUGGGGUUUAUACCUAGUGGAGGUUAUUUAGUUGCAUAACUAGAAUGCUACAUAAUGUAACUAAUAACAAAAAAGAAGUGAAAUGAUGUUUAUUGGUGCAGUUAAAGUUUAUUGUUAGGCUGAUGAUUUCUACUUUCUAGUGAGUAGCUGAUCAUGGAACUGUGUUCUUUGGAACACUGUCUCAGGUCUAUCUAACGAAAAAUCAAGUUACAUGAUACCUCUUUAUUUUCUUUUUCUGGUUAGUAUUGUACGCCAAUUGGACAUAUAUUAUAAUAUGGAUUAUACAU